AAAUGAAACUGCUUGCUAAAAACCAAGUUUAAAAAAUAUUACAAUUUUAUCAUUCUACAUUUAAACUAACAAACUAAUCUAGUAGGCUCGAAAAUUAUCAAGUAACCCAUUUUCUGUAAUUAUGUGAUUUUUUUUUCAAAAUGAAAAGAUUUACAAAGUUAUUUUUGAGUAAUUAUAUUCCUAGGGGACCAAAUUUGUGUGUUGCGAGAGCUUACUCCCAGGUUGCUGAGUGUUCAGCCACUUCUGAAGAUAAGGAUGAACCACCACUGGAUGGGAAUAAGAAAGGUCUAGUGCUGGGCGUUUACGAGGCGGACGGGCAGUUCGAGCUGACCGAAGCCGCCGCGGAGGUCGAUCAGAAGUCUGAUGGGAAGAUCAGUCAGCAUCUCACUGAGCUAUCAUGUCAGCUGCAGCUAGGCAAGUCGUUCGCGGUGACCGACGUGCCGGGGUACAGCGCCGUCGCGCUCGCCAGCUACGGGCCCAAGAACGCCUGCUACAACAAGCUGGAGGAGCUGGAUGAGGCCAGGGAAAACGUCCGCUGGGGAGUGGGGGCUGGCGUGCGGGUACUACAGUCCCGCGGCUGCGCGCUGCUAGACGUGGACCCGGGGACGCGGCCCGACGCCGCCGCGGAGGCCGCCCAGCUCGCCGCCUGGAGGUUCCAAGAGUUCCGAGCGUGCAAGAAGCCGAAGUGCCAAGUGACCCAGUACGGGGGGGCGGGCGCGGAGUGGGGGGAGGGCGCGGUGCGGGGGGACGCGCAGAACUGGGCGCGGCACCUCUCCGACAUGCCCGCCAACAAGAUGACCCCCAUUGACCUCGCUCAGGCGGCAUUAGACGAGCUGUGCCCGCUGGGCGUGGUGGUGGAGGCGCGCGACCGCGAGUGGAUCUCGUCGCAGGACAUGCGCGCCUUCCUGGCCGUGGCGCGCGGCUCGUGCGAGGAGCCCGCCUUCCUGGAGUGCGCCUACCGCGGCGGCCGCGAGCGCCAGCCGCCCGUGCUGCUCGUGGCCAAGGGGGUCACCUUCGACAGCGGCGGCCUCUGCCUGAAGUCGUCGGAGCUGAUGUGCGAGAACCGCGGCAGCAUGGCGGGCGCCGCCGUCGUGCUCGCCACGCUCAAGAUCAUCGCCACACUCAAGGUGCCCAUAAACGUAGUGGCUCUGCUUCCCCUCUGCGAGAACAUGAUCAGCGGGCAGUGCAUGAAGGUGGGCGACGUGGUGCGAGCCCUCAACGGGGUCAACAUACAGAUAGAAGACACGGACAUGGAGGGCCGGCUGAUGAUGGCGGACGCGCUGGUGUACGGGCAGACCAUCUACCGGCCCAGCCUCGUCAUAGACGUCGCCACGUUCACCCGCGGGGUGCUGCUGGCGACGGGCGGCGGCGCGUACGGCUGCUUCAGCAACAGCGAGGCGGCGUGGCGGCUGCUGCGGCGGGCGGGCGCGCGCGCCGGCGACCGCCCGUGGCGGUUCCCGCUGUGGAACUACUACCACCAGCAGAUCGUCGAUGACCCGGCUGUGGAUUUGAGAAACAAAGGAUCGGGGUCUGCCACUCCUUGCUUGGGCGCUGCCUUCCUUAGGCGCUUCGUGUGCUGCGACUGGCUGCACGUGGACGUGACGGGCGUGGGCAAGGUGGCGCACGCGGCGCCGCCGUACCUGCGCGCGCGCCGCAUGUCGGGCCGCCCCGCGCGCGCGCUGGCCGCCGCGCUCGCCGACGUCGCGGCGCCGCGUGCCGAUGACAAGCAGCAGGGCGAGUGCGGCUAGGGCCGACUCCGACCCACCUUCGACCGAGUGCGAGUUUUAUUCGAUCAAACAAACUCGGCACGUGAGCGCGAAUUUGUAUAGAAAUGACGCUGAUUAAAUGUCAUUGAAAUUCGUGAUAAUAUGCAAAAUUCGUUUAACCGAGUAGAACUCGUCACACAUGUUGGGUCAUUAUCAUUUUUUGUAGUUAAAUUGAUUGUAUCAGCUUCUUAGCGACCUGUAUUAUACAUUAUUGAUCCAAUAUUAAGUUUUUACAAUGGUACGUUUUUGCAGAGAAAAUCAGCAAACAUCUACAUAUAAAUUCUGAAAAGAAUAAUCUACCAGAAAAACCAAUAUUACUAUUAACUUACGACCAAUAUUUCAUUAUUACCCCUUUAUUUUUUAGACUCACAUAGACAAACUUACUUCUUUGAUUUUCAAAUUGCAGCCAUUUCUUAGGAAGCUCAUUUUAUUGUAUUUUGAUUUUUAUCUUGCUAUCAUAGGUAUCAAAUUUGUAAAAUGUCGUAAUACUGUCAGUUUCUCCUAGUAUAUUUACAACAGCACUAACUUUGUAAACUGACAUGAGUUUUGUUUGUUUAACGUUAGAGACUAAUUAAUAAAUUCUAUAUGUAGAAUUCUAUCCCAUAGCGUUCAGGAUCAAGUCCCACAAAAAUAAUUCAAGACAGUAGUGUGAAUCCAAGCAAACCUCAUGAUAGCCAUGUUGUUGUUACGUUGAAAAUUUAUCACCUAGCUGUCUGUUUUAUCUAUGGUGAUAUUUUACCAAUAGUAAUAUACAUAUAUAUGGUAAUGUGGCAUGUUCGAUUGUGUGUAUAUCAAAUUGAUAUAUCAAAAACUUCCUAAUAUUUUUUUGACAAUCCAACAUUCAAUAAUUUGUGUUUACCUAUAUUUUUUAUGAAGUCAUGUAUGUCCGUUGUUUUAUAUUUAAUGUACAAGAUUUAAGAUAGAUCUUUAAAAAAUCAUUAAAACAUAUUUGCAUCGCACAAACUAUUCCUUAUUUCCUAUACGCAAA